GCAGGUUGGGGGGAAGCCGGGGUGGGUGGGGGUUUCCUGAAGAUCGCACUGGAAGAUUUUAUAGAAGAAUUUUUGUGGGUGGGUGGGGACAGUAAACUUCCUGAGCCACUUGGGUCCUUCAGGAGUUUCUCUUCAGGCAAGUUUUUUCUCUUUUUAAUAUAUAACUAUAAUAUAUAUGAAUAUAUAAAUAUAACUAAUGUAUGUGAGAACGGGGCUGGUCUGCCAGGGUGUUAGGAUCAGUAGGGAAGGGCCAGAGGGCCCUCCUCUUGGACCAGCACCCCUUCUCAGCCCAGUCCCAGGGCAGGUGUUUGGAAGCCAGGGGUGUGACCUUAAAGUCAUAAGGUGUCUGCUAGUCGCCUCGUUUCAAAGGUCACACCUGGAAUGGGGAGAGGAAGCCCACUGCGGCGCUCUCUGGGCAGCGGCUCCCAGUGGUGCCGGUGCUCGUGGUGGGAGCCCCUCUCCCAUCACACGGCUCCCCCGCCCCCGCCAGCGGCCGGCUCAGAGUCCCCAGCUGGGUGUGCAGGGCUUGUGCAGAACCAGAGCUGGCGUGGGUCCUGCCCAGGCUUUCAGGGACUUGGUCCUUCGCAGCCACCUGCCUCCCACUGUGUCCAGACCAGUCGGAUGACAGAGCAGAGAGCUGGCCUUUGGAUUUCGUUCCCAAAUCAAUCAUCUCACCAGGGUGAAAUUUUAAUUUAAAAAGUGAAGAGACUUUUCUAAGUUCCCUGGUUUGCAGUGCCUUUAUUUACCUUGGUAGGAGACGCGCUGGCCUUGGGGUGGAGGGAGGGGCUCGCUGGCUGUGGCUGGGGACAGGCUCCAUUGCCAUGUGGUUGGUCUGGGUGUUCUGACAAGAGGCGUCCAGUCCAGGGGCUUGAUGGGACAGGCUGGAUCCAGUUGGGGGUGUGGAGGGAGGAAGGACUGGCCCUGACUUGGUUACUGUGACCCUCUUCCCUUCUGUUUCCUCACAUGUGGCCCCCCCGACAGGCCAGUCCUCGGCCGCGGAGCCAGUCUUCAUCUGCAGUGGGAAGAGCUGCCCUCUCUGGCUGGUGGCCUGACGGCGGCCCCAUCCCGCUACCUGGCCCACCGGGUACCUGCUGGCCAGGCCAUCUCUGCUGUCCUGCUGUCCUGCCUUCGGGUAGCAGGCCCAGAGUGCACGCUAUGUAUUCAUGCCCCCGAGGCCAACCAAGGCUGCUGGGGCUGCAGAGACGGGGUGGGCCCCCGCGGGGACUGGCUUCCUUUAAGGCCCUUCCCACCUGCCCCACAGCCUACGGACUAGAAUGGGGGCAGUGCUGCAAUUCCCCGUCCACUGGAGCCCUUUCUCAGAUGCAGGGCCCUCCCAGUGCCGGUGGCUGGGUGGGCAGAGGCCCGAGUCGGUCUCCUGGUGAGCCCCUCCCUGCAGCCGCCGCCCAGCACGCGGGUGUGCUCUGCCCGGUGGGUCGUCCGGGUACUACGGCAGGCUCUGCACACCGGGCCGAAAGGCUAGAGGGUCAGGCCCGAAACGGAGCGAUGCUGGGGAGGGGCCCUGCCUGGCAAGCCGGCCACCCUGCUUCUGGGCCUUCUCUGGCCUCCCUCAGUGCUGCUGUGGGGCAACCCAGCGGAGUGGGGAGCAGACUGGGGAGCCGCUGCCCCGGGCCUCUGCCUCUGAUCACGUGCUUCGGGGCUGGUUUUGUCCUUUCAGUUUUGUUUCCUGCUUGGAAACCCCUGAGGCUCCUUCCACCCGCACCCCUUACCCUGCCCACCUGCGCUUUCCCAGGCGGGGAGGGGAAGUCCCUUGCGGGCAUGUGGGUGGUCAGUGCUGGGACUUCGGUCCACCCUGGUACUGGGCACAGCCUGGGGGGUGGGCGAGGCCCAGGUGUGGGACUUGGGGGUGGCCUGGGGUGCUUAGGGAAUGUUGCUCCUUGUCCUUCCAUGAGUGUUGGGGAGGCCUGGGUGCUGGGGCUGGUCUGUCCCUGCUACCAUUCCUCCCAGCCAAGCUGGUGAGUUUGGAUUCUACACCAGAGACACUAAGCCAGCGACCUGACAUUUCUCAGGCAGGGUGAGAGAAACAGGAGCCCUGGCUGGAGCGCAGGGCCGGUUCUUCCUGCUUGCAGAGAAAGGGACCCCCGCCCAGAGGGUUGGGUCAUUAAGUCCAGAUGAAAGGGAGCUCAGCAGACCAGGGAGAGAAGGGGGAAGCCCCCCUCCCAGGACCCCUGCAGCCAGCCCCGCCGCCUUUGCCCACACAGGAUGGUAGAAACCCUUGUCUGAGCUGUUUCCAGCCACACUUUCCUAUGUGAUACUGUCACUCCCUCCUGUCACACUGUAAGCAGGCCUCAUGCUCCACACUUCACUUCCCCAUGUCAGAGGGGAAGAUGGGGGCUGGUGGUGCCAAUAGAAACAUACCUGAAGGCAGAGGACCCUUCCAUGUCUGUAGAAGCCUGGGGGUGGCGGGCGGGGAGCAGGGGGCAAGUGUCCCUGGUCCCCAGCCUGGGCUGGGGGCCACGGGUACAGAUUUGCAUCCCCCUGAACUCUGCCCUGCCUGUGGUCCAGUGUCCUCCCACCUGCCAAGACUUCAGUGCAAAGAGCGCCAGGGAUAGCAGGGAGCCCUCUUGCUCCUUUGGUGCCAGGUGGGAGCAGCUAGGCUGCAAGGCCCCAAGGCAAAUGCCAGUCACCUGUGAACCUCCUCCCAGGUGAACUUCCUCCUAACACACUUCUACCUUCCUAGGAAGAGGAGGACAGCAGGGAGGCAGGCCAGCCCCAGCAGCCCCUGGGUCUGAGCUCCUGCCUCUGCAGCAGCCACUCAAGGGUAAGCUGCAGAGAUGGCAAACAGGAGCCUUUCCAGGUGGCUGGUGGCACCCCCAGGAGAUGGUGCCAGGAGCCAGGCAGAGCUCUGAGCAGCAGUGGGAGAGCAGCUGCCACCCUCACCUUAGCUCCAAGGUACAGCUCACACAUGGACACCUGACAUCCCACUCUCCUCAAAGUGCCCUCAUCAGCAGGGCCACCUUGAGGCCAGAUUCCCUAGAUGGAAGGCAGCAGUACCCAGUACUCCUCACGGGUCAGGAGAGAGCUGGUGGGUGACAGCAGGCCCCAGAGAGCCUGGGAAGUGGACUGUCCUGUCCCUUCCCAACCCUGAGUACAAUGCUCAAGCCUCCCGAGGCCCCAGCACCCUCAGAGAACAGCGUGAUUUUGUUUGGGGGCCGAGGUCUAAUUCUCAGGCUAUAAACCAGGCCUGCUCCCUCAGAGGCACCCAGCCCAGAGUGGGCCCUCCUUAGUCUGUCUCCUGAGCCGGGACCCGAGAAACAUUUUAUUUACGGCUCUCCUCGGUGAGCAGUGGUGGACCGCGGCCCCCGGGUGGGCUCCUCAAGCCCUUCUCCAGAUGGCAUGUCCAUGUGCAUCCCCAGCCCUGCUGGCAGGUGUGCCACCUCACUGGGACUGGGUGGGUGGGCCACAUUCGGCUGGGAGAGGCGCACCUCAGAGGAAACCGGUCUCUCUCUCCGUUGACGAGAAGUUGCUGUGAGACAGGAGGGCUGUGUCUCACUCCCCACACCCACCGUGGCCCACAGCAUGCCCAAAGCCCAGGGGAGUCGGGAGCAGCCUGCCAGCCAGGCCCAGCCCAGCCGGGCGUAGUGCCGCAGGGGACGCCUGGGCUGGGCGUGGAGGGCAAGUCCUCAGAGGAGCCAAGCAGACCUCCUUUAUAAGCUCUGUGAGUUAAAAAUAAACAAGCCCGCUGUCCGGCCAAGAGCCUG